UGGGUGACUAGGCGCCCGCGUAAGCGCUACGGAUGGAAAAUCCUAGAAUUUCUUAUCAGGAAUUCUACUCAAGUAUAAAUAUGGGCGCUUCAUAUCUGAGAGGCGAGUAGCCAUAUUUGGAACGCAGCGCCAACAAUACUGAUUAAAUCAACUGCCAAUCCUGGCAGCAGGCGCGCAAGACUUGUUCGUCUACGAGAGACUACAUCCCCUUCCAAACCGCCUCCUUUACUCCGUGUAUGGAUGAUAACAGACCGUCAAGUUCCGUGCCCACGGUGGCGCAAAGCUCUGAUAUUUCCCCGCACAACUGUGUGGCCGAGGUCUCAGACGGAGUUCAGUCUGCCAAAGCCGAGGACUUGGAGAGGCUAGUUAGUAGCCUUCUUGUCACCGUCAAGAGUGAUUGUAUGAUAGAUGAUUCCGAGUGGGACCACUUGAGUGGGAUGAUAACAGAUUUCCUUCGUCCACUCGAAACACUGCCAUCUACGGACCCCGAAUUCGAUGCAACGGUCAAAUGUGUACUUGAUCUGGCGCAAAGGACGUUUGAGAGGUCUCCGAUGAUGAAAGCACUUGCUCCUUCGCAACAGGCUGAUGCUCAUCUAGCACCGAAAGUUUCGGCAGAACCUACUCAAGCUACCGGGAGCAGCACGAUGGAUGAUGACGCCAUCCAAGAGGUGAUCAAUGACGACCAUCCCCUCGAAACCCAAAUUCCAAAGGAACCCGUGUGGGAGGUGGAAGCAGUGGCGCAAGAUGCGUUGGAACAAAUUACAAAAACAAUAUCUCAUCUCAUUGCCGUAUCUGGGCGUGGUUCAAAGUCUCUCAAGCAUCGCUUCCUGAAACAAAUACGCUCUAAAUCCUCCGUAAUCGAAGCCGUGACUUCGGCCAUCCGGUUACUUCGAGAAAUGCGAUGCGCAAUUCAAUCUCUAUAUUCUCUGGCUGUUAUCCAGACUGAAGGUCAAAUGGCAAACACAUUCAUUAGCCAAAUUCGAGACGCACAAGAGGCUGUGGGUAACCUCUUCGAUGUGGUUCAAGCCUCUCAAGCAAGCCCUUCCACCUCCGACGCUUGCGCUGCGUUUCAAGCGCUGGCAUCCCUCUGGCUCUCCAACUAUCAUACAAGCUCAAAUACACAGCUUCGUGGUCAAUGUCAAGACCUCACUCUUCCCUCUGAUGAAUGCGAGCUACUUAGCUCGCCGUUAGCACGCGCCAUUCAGGAUACAACGUCAACCAUUGAUGUAACACGGCGAUUUCCUUUGAGCGAAUUUCUCCGCUGGGCCAAGAGCGAGGCAUUCAUAGUUCACGGCGAAAGUAAUAAAUUCGGCUUUAUCCGGAGCAUUGCAUGCUACCGGGUCAUGAAAUGGCCUCUCUAUCAUGAGUUCGCACUCGUUUGUUUCCACUCCGAUGAUGGAGGGAGAAGCUGGGUCAAAGUAGAAAGGGCAGCCAGAAUUAAAAAUACCCGACUCCAAAGGGACAGCUUCGGACCUCUGUUCGGUGGGGUGGACCUUCGAGAGACAGUGACUAUAUCUGGGGACCCUGAGCGACUGACACGAAACUCUAAAGAGAUAGCCUCUAUCCACUUCGACCACGGUGCUCAUCCGUUUGAUCUUCCUGAGCUUGGCAAUCAGAUAGAAGUAACAUCUGACCUCUAUCCUGUAUACAAGCUCUGGUCGGCGAAUUGUCGCUACUUCGCUCGAAGGCUAGUGCAGACUGCGCAAGAUUGGUCAGAUGCGCAACAAAUGCAUCAGCAUCACUUUCGCUGGGAUAGCUCCGCUCCCUCCAUGCAAUUGGCGCUCUGCGGCGAGAGAUUUGGGGGUUCCCUUGUAGUAAAAAGUGAGCUUGGACAUAAGGUAGUUAGCUUGCAGAACCUUGCGGGUCGUCUUGCUGCCGAUGGCCAUGGAGAAGAAGGGUUGAGGGUUUGUGAGGAUAUACUCGCACUGAUUCAGGAGUCCGUCGAGGAAUCAUCUGAAACAUAUCGGGUGGGCAUAUUUGUAACUCGAACGGUCAUGGCGUGCUGCCAUUAUACCCUCUGCCAUUGGCAAACCUCCCUUGAAUGCUUCCAAGAUGUGCUUGAUACUCCAGAACUCAACCUAAAAAACUCCUCCUUCAUACUCACAAUCAUGGCGGGGUGCUACUCCGAGUUGGGCGAUCAUGACAAGGCUAUAACAACCGCAGUUAAAGCUUUCGAGACAAUACAAGCGCAAUACAAAAUUGAUCACUCCAUCACAACUUUCACGGGGCUCUUUGCACCGCUCUGUCUCCUCACUGAACUCCAAGUAGAGUCCCCCAGCCCUCCCACUUCGGUUCUUGGGCCGGCAGCUGAAUUGGUGAUCCGUGCAUGCGCACUCCAUACCGCCCGACCAGUACUUGGCCGUUACUUGCUUUCUGAAGCCCUGACAGCAUUCUUCCGUGCACUCAGCUACAUCGGUGGGAGUGAAUAUGCAGUUUGUGCCUGUCGAUUGGCUUUGGAUGUAACGCGCGAUCGGCAUGGCACUCGAGAUUAUGGCCAAUCCCGCCAUUUAGUUCAAUGUUUCUACAACCUUGGUUGUUGUCUUGGCAAGACUGACCAGUUAGAAGAAGCACUGGACAUGCUGAAAACAUCCCGCGACUUGUGUAAAGAGCUCAUCCAACGCUACGUGGCGCACCCAGCGGACUACUUUUUAUUGGCAAAAAUAGAAUAUGAAUGCGCACGAACAUCAGAGCGCUUCCCGGGAGGACUGGAAGCAGCGUUCGAGGACCUAAACAGCGCGAUAUUGACCAUUCAGACAAUAUUGUCUAACGAACUUUGGUUAUGCGACAAAGCGCUGAUACAAGCGGUGGAAUUUCAAUGGACGCUCUUCCGUUGGACACGUGUUUACAAAGGGGGAGAGGGCAUGAUGGCGGCGCUCCUUAAAGUGGAGGAGCUUUGUCGAAGCAUUUCCAGAAGCCCGGGGAACCAGCAUCAGCGGUCGCUGUUCGGUGCGUUGUCGUUGCGCGCCAAAACGUUGAUUGACGAGGCGGGGGACAAGGACACCAUCGUUGCAGUUCUAACGGAAUGUGUGUCAAUUGGGCGUCUUCUCGCAACUUCCGUUUCCAGUGAUGCCUUUCACAUUCAGGACCUCAUAAUCCCCCUUUUCCACCUCGCCAAAUUCUCCGAUGUUAGCGAAACCAAAGCGUUAUGUGACGAAGCGUUCGAUAUCCUGUCAAAAUUAGAGCCAUCAUGCAAGCUGGACGAUCAGCGUAUGCUCCAACAAUGCGUCAGAUCAUAUUUCGAUGUUCUCUACGAUGUCGAUGGCCGGAAGGAUCUAUUAGACGCUCAUCAUCACUUUUCGGGUAUAUGGUUACCCCAGAUGGUCUCCCUCAAGCAAAUCACCGCUGACUUCUACAUCAACCGUGCUUUUAUGGCGCUUAGGGCAGAUCAGCCAGUAGAGGCACAGUCUUGUUGUCGGCUUGCUCUCGCCAGUAUCCUCAAUGAUCCAGAAGGAAAUGAAUCCCAUAUGGCGGUACAAUACGAGAAGAUAGGGAUGAUCCACUUCAAGUUGGGUCGUAUGUGGGAAGCAAUCGAAAUGUUGCGAAGUUCUGUCUGGUUAUCUUGCCAGGCGUCUAUUACCGAUGAUAGCUUCAGGGCGACACUGGCAGCAGACAACACUGUUUCUGCGGGUGGUCUCAUGUUAAUCGAGCUGAAUGUACUCAACACAGUGUCGAAAAGGGUUCGUGCCUUGAUUCAAAUUGCCAAAACAAGCCGGUACUGUACCAAUGUCCAAAGAUUGGAGGAGCUGUUCUUCCUGAGCACAGUUAUUUACGGCAAGGAUGCUGAUGCUAUAACACCAGUUCUCUCAUCAGCACUGGAAGCCCUUCGUUUGGAUGAACAGUAAAUGACUAUAAUCGUCACGAUGAUUCACACCUUUGGCAGGCUGACGAGGCUCGCGUCUUCCGAGGUCCGCUGGAAGCCUGGCUUACCCGUCAAUACCUCGUUUGUUUUGUAUUUAUUAUACCCUGACCCGAUCGAAUACAACAUAUACUUCUGUC